CCGCCGAAGCUUCCUUGCGCGGUGACGGAAUUUGGCCGGCGUCCCUAACCGUGGUGUCUCCGGCGGCCUGAUGGCUGCGCCAGGCAGCUGACCUUAGGGAGCCCAGAACCCGCGUUCGCCGGCCUCAGAGCGGGAGGGCGCCGCUUUUGCCCGUGGCGGGCGGCGACCGGAACGACCGUGCUGCUGCCUCUGCAGCCUUCCCUGUGCCGGAGGAGCUUCGCCUCGAGCUCAGGACGCGGUUCCUGGCUGCAGGAACUUUAUGAGAAUUUCAGUAUAUGAAAAAUGCUUCAUUUCCUAAGUGGAAUAUAUCCAGAGGUCUCAGCAUAAUACCAGGACCUACAUAUUUUCUGCCUGCUCCUUAGCCUUACACUUAAUGACUUCUAAGGAAGCACCAUGGCCUGUGCUGCCAUGUUGAUUCCCAGGUUAUUGCGAGGCUCUGUUGGUGCCAUUUGCACUCAGUCUGCUUUGUGGAAGUUGACAUCCAGCACUUUGCGUCACCUUGCUCAAACCAGCGUAAUGAAAUCCAAAAGGAAAACUGAUCACUUGGAGAGAACUGCGAGUGUCAUUCGGCAGGAGGUCGUAGCUGCAGCUAAAGUGUGUGGAGCUGCCAAUGAGUCACCAUCAGUGAAGAGCCUGCACUUGCUUGUUGCUGAUCAAGAUUUUUCCUUUAAAGCUGGUCAGUGGAUUGAUUUCUUCAUCCCAGGAGUAUCGGUGGUUGGUGGGUUUUCAAUAUGCUCUAGUCCCAGACUGCUAGAACAAGAGAGAAUGAUAGAAUUGGCAGUGAAAUAUGCAAACCACCCUCCUGCUCUCUGGAUUCACAAUAAGUGUACACUUGACUCUGAAGUGGAGGUGAGAGUGGGUGGAGAUUUCUUUUUUGACCCUCAACCAGAAGAUGCCCCUAGAAACCUCGUGUUGAUUGCAGGAGGGGUUGGAAUUAACCCUUUGCUUUCCAUCCUGAGGCACGCAGCAGACCUCCAUCGAGAAUGGGCAAAAAAAGGAUGUGGCUAUGAGAUAGGAACAGUCAAACUGUUCUACAGUGCAAAAAAUACCAGCGAACUUCUUUUUAAGAAAAAUAUCCUUGAUUUAGUAAAUGAAUUUCCUGAGAAGAUUGCGUGCAGUUUGCAUGUUACAAAACAGACUACACAAAUCGGUGCGGACCUUAAGCCAUACAUCACGGAAGGAAGAAUAACAGAGAAGGAGAUAAGAGAUCAUAUUUCAGAAGAGACUUUGUUCUAUAUUUGUGGCCCACCUCCAAUGACAGACUUUUUCUCCAAGCAACUAGAAAACAACCAUGUUCCCAAAGAACACAUUUGCUUUGAGAAGUGGUGGUAGCAGCAGGCCAAGCAACAAAACGGGAAGACUGACAGCCAUUUGGGAGAGUAAGAGAUACUAUUUAAUAGCAUCUACCUCUACUUGAGCUGUCUUUAGGACUGAAGUGACUACUGGUGAAUAAAAGAAAAGCUACCUAGCACCACACUUAAAUGUAAACUUUUGGGGAAGAAUUUAUUGAUCGAACUAUUUUUUUUACCAUAUUGAUUUUCUUCUAAUUUCCUGUUUAAUUAUCUCAGGAUACACUCUGAGUUGGGUAUUACAGUGUUUUUUUUUUCCUUUUGCCCUUAGAGGAAAAUGAAAUGUGUAUAUUUAAUCAUGGGAAAUAAUAAGUUUUUGUGGGAAGUGUUUAAAUUAUUUGGCAGCCGUUUAUAUACCUUAUGUUCAUUGAACUUAUCAUUUAAAUAUAUUCUUUAUUUUUAAAAUUCA